GUGUCACUGACACCAUCAGCUGACACCUGCGGUCGUCCCUCGCCAUCCAGCCUGGAUUCCAGCCCCGGAGCUAUAUAGAUCAGGGGCCAAGAGGCUGGGCCGGCAGAGACCAGGAGGGUUGGACGGCAGGAUGGUAGAGCCUGGAGCCUGCACACGUGCCGCCUGAGGGUGCCGCGAGCCGGGCACAGGAGCAGGAUCCUGUUGGUUUUUUGCAGCCUCACUUCUAUCUCCAGGAGGCCCAGCUCGCUGCUGGUUCAGCCGUCACCAAUUGGCCCCCUGCCUUCGCUCCCUGGCACCAUGGUCGGCUUGAAGCCCACGGACGUCCCUCCAUCGGCCCUUGUGAAGUUCUUCAGUGCAGGGACCGCCGCCUGCAUCGCUGACCUGUGCACCUUCCCACUGGACACAGCCAAAGUCCGGCUGCAGAUCCAAGGCGAGGCCAAGCCAGUGAGGAGCAUGGCGGUUGUGCAGUACAAAGGUGUCUUUGGCACCUUGGCCACCAUGGUGAAGACGGAGGGUCCCAGCAGCCUGUACAACGGGCUGGUGGCCGGGCUGCAGCGUCAGAUGAGCUUCGCCUCCAUCCGCAUCGGGCUGUACGACUCGGUCAAGCAGUUCUACUCCUCCAAGGGCUCUGACAGCACCGGUAUCCUGACUCGGCUGCUGGCUGGCUGUACCACGGGGGCCAUGGCUGUGACUUGUGCCCAGCCCACCGACGUGGUGAAGGUUCGGUUUCAGGCUCAUGUGACACUGAUGGACGGAAGCAAGAAGUACAACGGGACUGUGGAUGCCUACAAGACCAUUGCUAAGGAGGAAGGGGUCCGAGGCCUCUGGAAAGGCACGUUACCCAACAUCACCCGCAACGCCAUCGUGAACUGUGGGGAGCUGGUCACCUACGACCUCAUCAAGGAGGCGCUGAUCAAGUACCACUUGAUGACAGACAAUUUCCCUUGCCACUUUGUGGCUGCCUUCGGCGCUGGAUUCUGUGCCACGGUGGUGGCUUCGCCGGUGGACGUGGUGAAGACGAGGUACAUGAACUCGGCCCGCGGGCAGUACAAGAACGCCCUGAACUGCAUGCUCACCAUGGUGAUCAAGGAAGGGCCUGCCGCCUUCUACAAGGGGUUUGUGCCCUCGUUCCUGCGCCUGGGCUCCUGGAACAUCGUCAUGUUUGUGUCCUACGAGCAGCUGAAGCGCGCCAUGGUGCUGGCCCAGGUGGCCUGGGAAUCCCCAUUUUAAGCCCUGGGGAGAUCUCUGGGAUGAGAAGACUGAGGACAGCCUGGGGCCUCCAGCAGAUGCUUCUCCCCACGGCCGCACCUGUGGUGCUGGGCUUUGCUGUGGCAUGUGAGGGUAGAGGGAGAGGUGCGGCACUGAUGGGACCAUGCCAGGGCCCUGGCUCUUGUCCUUAUCAGAGCCGAUGAGGUGCAGAAGCGAAUGACAGGAAUUGCCAAGAUGCAGCCCAGCAGCCAGAUGUUUGAGCAGAGAGAAAGGACUCGAGGUAGCAAAACUGGCAGUGAAGUCAGGAACAAGAGCAAAGCUUAUGCUACAGCCUCUUCCGCCUGAUUUCUUCAGCUUGGGUACGAGCAUGGCCCUGCAAACAGGCCUCUCUGCUGUGCUGUGACAGCAGACCGAGGCCCGCCAGGAGCUACAAGGCUCCUCAAAGCCUAGAGGGAGGCUGUUGGGUGCCCAACAAAAGAUUUCUUGUGAGAGCAAGUGACAACAGGACCGGGAGUGAUGGAGACGGGUUAAGAACCAGGUGCCAAGAGCAGAGCACUGCAGCCAGCAUCCAUUGCUCUUUGAAGGCAUCUCAGCAACCACUGAGAUUCUGCUUGGAGUCCCAUACAGACAAGCGAAAGGAUGGCAGCCCUGCGAUCAUCCCUCCAGCCAGAACCUCCCUCCCGGUCUGGACAGCUUGGCCAAGGCCAGGAGGAGAUAGACCAGAUGGUCAUGGAACAUCUUGGAGCUCCAGAUCUGGUGGAAGCUGCUGGGAGGAGCUCACAGAGAAGGGGGAAAAAAUCAUUUCCCAGCAACUCCAGAAAUAAAUCGUGUAAGGAGAUUCAGCAUGAAAGCCAGGCCUCAGCUCCACCCAGGUCCCUUGCUGCACCCUUAGAUGUGGGCGCAUACCUUAGGGCUGGCAUGUCGGCAGCUGGGGAGAACCAGCGUCCCAGAGCUGCGCGGAGAAGGAAGGACGACAGGAUCGCUCAGGGAAGAGGAGCCAGGAGCACGUGUCUGCACCAGCUUUGCAGCCAUUGCUAAUAAAGGGAUUCAUGCUGUCCCCCGCAGAGGGGUCACGCUGCA